UUAGUUGCAAUAGCCUUUACAGGUUCUGUUGGCAUGACUUUGGUCAUAUUAGCCUGUGCUUUGCCACAAUAUGCUGUUUGGUGGCCAUUCUUCGUCGUGCUGUUCUAUAUUCUCGCGCCAAUUCCCACACUUAUGGCGAAACGAUACAAUGAUCACUCAGGUUCUAGCAAUUCAUGCCUUGAAACAGCAAUCUUCAUUACUAUGGGAAUACUUGUCUGCUCAUUCGCUCUACCAAUUGUGUUAGCUCGAGGAAAUAUAAUUCAUUGGAGCGCUUGUGGAUUGACACUUGCAGGAAAUAUUAUUGUUUAUGCAACUUUAUUAGGUUUUUUCCUGGCCUUUGAAUCAGACGACUCCGAUUAUAAUAUGUGGUAAAAAAGAAAUCACCAUGUAGGUCUUUGAAUAUACUUAAAUGUUUUUUGAGGUAUUUGGCUACUUUAAUUUAUAUAAUUUUUUGUAAUAAUAAUAAUUUUAUGACUAAAUUAAAUUUCAGUAUAUCGCAGUUUAUCCCUACAUUAAAACGAAACUAACAAAAGGUUAUUAAGGACUGUAAUUGACUAAAAUAAUACAACAUAACUACUGUUAUUUAAAUACUAUGUUUAUUUCUAGUUGAUAAAUUAAAUUAUUGCUUUAAUAUUAACUAGCUUUUAUUAGAAGUAGUUCUCAGUUUUUUAGCAAAAUUGAAAUAUAUGGAUAAAAUAUAUUUUUAUGAAUUGUAA